GAAGGGCUGGGCGGCGCGCAGCCACGUGGGAAAUGUAGUUCUCGGCUUAGGGGGUCGGGCUGCGGCUGGGAAGGCGCGCAGGCAGGCGCGCGGCGGGCAGGCCUGGAGGGGGCGGAACCGCGCGGGCCUCGGAGCCACCCGCCCAGCCUGAGGAGAGGUCACGGCGCGAAGCUGCAGCCGCUAUCGCGGCUAUCACUGUUACUGCGGGUUCUGAGUGCAGGGCUGCAGCCAUGGCCUACUGCCGCCAGGAAGGGAAGGAUCGAAUCAUAUUUGUGACCAAAGAAGACCACGAAACUCCAAGCAACGCAGAGCUCGUGGCCGAUGACCCCAACGAUCCAUACGAGGAGCACGGAUUGAUCCUGCCAAAUGGAGACAUUAACUGGAACUGCCCAUGCCUUGGGGGAAUGGCCAGUGGCCCCUGUGGGGAACAGUUCAAGUCGGCCUUUUCCUGCUUCCACCACAGCACAGAGGACAUGAAGGGGUCAGACUGUGUAGACCAGUUCCGAGCCAUGCAGGAGUGCAUGCAGAAAUACCCUGACCUCUAUCCCCAGGAGGAAGAGGAGGAGGAGGAGAAGCCAGCAGAACGUUCAGAGGAGUCGGCUCCCACCGAGGCCUCGGCAGCCAAGGAAGAGGAGGCAUCAAGCUAAUGAGGCCAUGAGGCCCUGGCUCCAGUCCUUCCACGUCAGAGCGACAUGAACCUUUUACCGAAUGCCUUUGCAUCGCUCUCUAAGAAGUGUCUUUCCUCUGUUGUUCUGUGCACUGUAAUGUACAAAAUAACUUAUUUUUAUGAUCAAGGGUCUUGGGCCUUUGACAUAUACACUGGAAAAAUGGGGUUGUAGUGCACGUGUGUCUUACGUAAACCUGCCAGCAAAUGUAGCUGUCACUUUUGAAUUUUCAGAUCGCCCUGCAUUUUGCCAUUUUGAAAUAAUGUGCUGAAUAUUCUCAGCAACUCAAAGUCAUUAUCUGUGAGUGUCUCUCAUGAGCAAGCUGAUCCAUCCUGAUUAAGUAUAUCCCUCUUAGUGGAUUGUAUACCCCUUCAGGAAAUCAAAUAGAAGCAAAACGUCUUCCUUUACACAUGCUGGAGUGGGGCCAUUCCUCAUGCAGAGGCCAGGUGGGCAGAUGCCUACUUCCCCAACGUCCUCUCCAUCCAGAGUACUGAGAUACUGCACUGCAUUUCUGAUAUAUUUUGGUUCCCAUUUUCACAUUGAGCUCCUGGUUUUCCAUGUUUGGAAAGCAGAGCUUUGGAUGCUCUGAUUGAUCAUCCCUUUCUAAGUUAGAAGAAAGGCUGGUUUUCGCUGUUCUUGUUAUUCCGAAAGCCCUGGUUCUGGGGCCAGUGUUCACACUAGCUCUGUCUCAGCCUGUUCAGACCCAGUGUUCUUGAGAGGUGGGGACCUAAUUGUUACCAAAGUAGCAACCAAGAGUGGAAGUGCUGUGAAUUAAGUAGUCAAUUAAAAGGGGAAACAUGAUUUUUACCUGA